AUGCCUCCUAAAAAAAAUAUCGGACCUUGUUCUAUUCGUAAUUGUCAAAGUAAUUCAAAUCAAUUUUGUAGGAUUACAAAAUAUGUAUUAACAAAAAUAAAAACAAAAGAUAUACUUAAUCAAUAUAAUUAUCUAGAAAUUAAAAUGCAGUUAUGUUUUCCUCAUUACUUAAGCAUCAUUGAGCCUGACCAUAAUGAUAGAAACAAGUUACCAACUAAUGAUACACUCAUUAUAGAAAAUAAUCAAACUGUUAUUGAAAUGUUACCAUUUAGUAACUCACUAGAAAAUACAGUUAACAAAAAACAAUUAUCUUUUGAUGAUAAAAUCACUUUAAUGACAAAAGUAUUAUAUGAAAAACAAAAAAAAGAAGACCAAUUACUUGAAUUAGAUUCAGAUAAUUUUUAA